AUGGCAUACAACAACUCCGUCUUACGGAUGAGUGCUCGAGAUCUUUCACGAGAACUUUCUGAGGGGCGACUGACAGCUGAAGAGCUCAUGGUUGAAACACUGGAACGCAUCGAAUCUGUGAACCCAAAAGUAAAUGCCAUCAUAUGCGUUCGUGAUAGAGAAGAACUACUGGAAGAGGCGCGCCGUUGUGACCGGGAUCGAUCACAAAAAUCCAACUGCGUAGGUGUUCUCCAUGGGAUUCCCACCGCCGUGAAAGACCUCUCCAAUGUCGCUGGGCUGCCAACCACCAUGGGAGGAUCCCCAUUGCAUCGCUUUCGUAAUAUCCCGUCCGAGAGCGACCCCUUUGUCCGAAGGAUCAUCAAGGAGGGAGCCAUUGUGAUUGGUAAAACGAAUACACCUGAACUAGGCGUCGGAUCGCAUACCUUUAACAAACGAUGGGGCACCACUUUAAAUCCCUAUGAUCGCACCAAGAGUGCAGGCGGGAGUAGUGGCGGUGCUGCUGUGGCGGUGGCCACAAGAAUGCUUUCUUUCUGUGAUGGCACAGACAUGAUGGGAUCCCUACGAAAUCCUGCCGGGUGGAAUAAUAUCUAUAGUCAUCGGCCGACGGCGGGAAUGAUUAAUGGAGAUGACAACGGGCAAGUUCCGAACGCAAAUCCUCUUCCAUACCCGAUAUCAACAGCGGGUCCGAUGGCUCGAUGCCCCCAAGAUUUGGCCUUUUUACUACAAGUGAUGGCUGGUUCGGGCAAAUUUGAUGCCACUCGCGUAGGAGACAACAUUCCCUCCGUGGAAAGCAUCAGAAUUGGGUGGCUUGGAGACUGGGACGGGAACAUACCGGUUGAAGAUGGAAUCCUUCCCUUGUGUCAAGAAGCUUUGACAGUGUUCUCCAAAAAUGGAAUGACAGUUGAUGACUUGUCUUCCCAACCCAUCUUUGAUCUCAAAGUUUUGUGGAAUAGCUGGACUACGAUCCGAGCCAAGAUUAUCUCCUCAAACUUUAGCGGGGCGCCCAAGGCAUUGCUCAAGGCCUUUCUCUGGGUUGCACCGAUCAGGGAGGAGCUCAAAUGGGAGUUGCGAAAAGGUUUGGAUACUUCUGAGGCAUUCUGCCUCAGAGCUGCGGAGGAAGCCAAGAGAUGUCCCAGCGCCUCGAUGAAGCCUUCUUGCAGUAUGAUGUGCUGGCAAUGCCAACCGCCCAAACCUGGUCGUUCCCCUCGGAGUGGAGAUGGCCACAAAGAAUAA